AUGGCUCCUAAUUGGAACCUAAAGGACCAUUUGAAUUGGAUCAAAACGGAGAAACCAUAUAUACCCAAGAUCAAUUUGGAUCUUCCUGCCAUACCCCAUGAUCAACUACAGAGUUUCAACCCAGCAAGAGCCCAUACGUCGUUUGUCCCCUCUCGACACAACAUGGAAACAGGCCCAAACAAUAGUGUGAACACCCCAUUGCAGCCCAGCACCGUGGUUCCAAAUUCAACUGUGACAGGCGAAUCCCUUAUGAUGAAGAGAGCCAACACAGUAGCAAAUCCAUUGCCCCGAUCGACCCCUCGAAGGCAGACAUUGGAGAAGAACACAGUAGCAAGUGAGAGAGAAGCUAGCAAAGGCAAGGAUGCUCAGAGGGCAAGAGAUCGACAUCCUCAGUCUUCAACGCGUGGCCAGGUACAAAUCACACAACUGUUUCAUAAAUUGACACAAUCGAGAAGCUGUGCAGGCGAGACAAGUGGCGAUGGAAUAAUAGAUCUCACACAGGACGACCCGAUAGAGAGGAAAGAGACGAAGCCAGAUACCUUCCAGAGGAAAAAUGGCGAUUAUUCUGUCCAUCAUCAUGACGAUACGGACAUAUUUUCCGACGAGGAAGCAGUGGAGGCAGUUCUUGCCGAAAGAGAACAUAGUGAAAACUCAAAUUCAUGUAAGAUACCCGAACCUAACAAAUUGGAGUCUACGUAUGCAUCCAAAAUAGUAGCUGAAGUUACAAAUUCAAAUAUCUCCAAACCUAUAGUGAACGAAGAGAGUUCGAACUUGCUCAACAAGGCAGUGACUUCUCAUGAUCUACCGAUUUCCAAUGUCAGUAAUAACAAUUUAAUAGAACUUUGCACGAAACAGGCAGAAAUCAUACAAUCACUGGAAAAAAUCAACAAGUUUUUGGAAAAGGGAAUUCGCAUUGAAACUUCAACUUCUUUAUCUGAAGAUCAAAAGAGACAGAAGAGAAUGGAAUUCAACCCUGCCUUGCAGGUUAUGAAAUCAGAAUGUUCUCGAUUAUUUCAAAGCCUUCCUCAGCUUGAUUUGAAUAAUGUAGUCACUACACAACCAAAUGGAACGAGCACUCAAGAGAAAAUCACUGAUGAUAAUUCUGUACCAAAAGUAGCUGUGGAGAAUCAUGUAUUGAUUGGAAGUAACAUCAGGACAAAUGAAAUUGCAUCUAAUACUACAACCACCGAUAUUUUAACUGAAAUAACAAACAAACAGACUAACACUGAUAUCGAAGAUAUAGAAGAUAUCAAUGAAAGCGAAAUCGAGGGUGAUGACACAGAUAUUAUUAUACAGAAUUCCACCACCACUACGGUGAAGAGGAUAGAACAAUCGAUACUUCCCUCAUCGCCAAGUCAAUUACCAAAUGAUUCAUUUGAGCGACCCAAGAGAAGCGUUAAACCACCGGAGGUGCCUAUCAUAUCUUCCACACAAGAGGAUGACAUAGAAGAUUCGUUCAAUUGUGAAAGUGAAACAGAACCGGAAACGAGGACACAGAUACGUAAAGAAAUGGGUGACUUUCUUGUUAGUGAUGAAGAUGACGACUCAAUUGAUAAAUCUUACAAAGAAUCCGAAUGGAAUACGGACAAUGAAAUAGAGGAGAUCGAAGAAAUCAAUCAAUCUGAUCUCAGCAGGUUAAACCAACAUGUAUUCGAAGAAAUUGAAAACUCCCAAGAAAACUUUACUUCAAUUGCCCCUAUAGUAGAAAACAUCUCUGAUACUGAUAACGAAGGUGGGGAUAAUGCCAAUACUGUAGGAACAGAGAUUAAUGAUGGCCAAGUCAAUCGUAAAGAACCUAUCUUUGUACAAGAUGAAAUUUUGGAUAAUGAAAUGCAACAUCGGAAUGAUCUUGACCAACAGGAGUUGGAAUGGUUACAGAAUGACUCAAACUUUGAAGAAGAGGACGAGGAAGAAGUCGAGGAUGAUGACUUAAUGGUUAUUGGGGAUAAAGAAGAUUACUUCACGCAACUCAACGUCGAGCGUGGUAUUGUUGAAAACGACACCAAUAACAUUGAUGAUGACUUAGGGGAAGUUUGGGAUGAUGUCGAAGAUGAAGAAAUUAUCAGGCAUAUAGAUUUUAAUCCUAAACUGCAUUCUUCCGAAAAGGAAAGCCAUGACGAUGUUGAGGUUUUAGAAAAUCCUAAUAUUGAUGAGUUUGGGAAGUUCCAUGGUAAAUUUGAAUGGACGAGUGAAAUUUAUAGGACCUUGAAAAAUGUUUUCAAACUUACAUCCUUUAGAGAAAACCAAUUGAAUGCCAUCAAUUCUACAUUGGCAGGAGAUGAUGUUUUUGUGUUGAUGCCAACAGGGGGUGGUAAGUCUCUAUGUUAUCAGUUACCUGCCGUCAUCAAGUCAGGCCAUACAAGUGGAACAACUAUUGUGAUAUCGCCAUUGAUUUCUUUAAUGGAGGACCAAGUUCAACAUUUAGAAGCACAGGGAAUUCAUGCAGCCAUGCUUAACUCUAAAAUGAAUACCGAAGAGAAAAAACAUGUUUUUAACCUGUUUUACUCUGGUCUGCUUAAUUUGCUGUACCUAUCUCCUGAAAUGAUAAGCAAAAGUGGUCAAUGUAAAAGGGUGAUCUCAAAACUCUACAAAGAGGAGAAGUUUGCCAGAAUUGUAAUUGAUGAGGCCCACUGUGUUUCAUCAUGGGGGCAUGAUUUUAGGCCUGACUACAAAGAGCUCAAGUUUUUCAAGGAAGAAUACCCAGACAUUCCUAUGAUGGCAUUAACUGCGACGGCAAAUUCUGAAGUUAAAGAUGAUAUUAUCAAACAAUUGGGCUUAAAGGAUCCCAAGUUUUACAAGCAGAGUUUCAAUAGAACCAACCUGUUCUAUGAGAUAAUACCCAAAACCUCUUCUGUUUUGGAGAAUAUUGUACAACUGAUUAAUUGCAAAUAUGCCAACCAGACAGGAAUUAUAUACUGCCAUUCUAAAAAUUCUUGUGAAACCACAGCCAAGAGGUUAACCGAAUUUGGGAUAUCAGCAGAUUUCUAUCAUGCAGGUAUGGAAACAUCUGAAAGAAGUAAAGUUCAAAAAGCAUGGCAGGAUGGCUCUACUAAAAUCAUUGCUGCAACUAUUGCCUUUGGAAUGGGAAUAGAUAAAGGUGAUGUUCGGUUUGUCAUCCACCUGACCAUUCCUAGAAACUUGGAGGGUUAUUACCAAGAAACAGGUAGAGCUGGUAGAGAUGGAAAACAUUCGGAUUGUAUCAUGUACUAUGGAACUAAGGACGUGAGAACGUUGCAAUCACUGAUAAGGAAAGAUAAAGAUUUGGACAGGGAAACUAAGGAGCACCAUCUGGCGAAGUUUCAAAAAGUGGUGGAGUAUUGUGAGAAUAAAACUGAAUGUAGAAGGGAAUUUGUGUUGCACUAUUUUGGUGAAAGUUUUGAAAGAAAAGAUUGCCGCAAGCAAUGUGACAAUUGUGUAAAUUUUGACAACAUUGAGUUAGUUCAUAAAGAUAUGACCGACUUAGCCCAAAAAGUUGUUAAAAUGGUUAAAGAGUUACAAUCAGGACGAUUAACAUACACACAAGCACAGGAUAUAGUUAGGGGAGCCAAAACAGCCAAAAUGGUUCAAACAGGGUACAUAAACUCUGAAUAUCAUGGAUGUGGUAGUGGAUAUGGUCGAGGUGAGAUAGAACGACUGUUUUUUCAUUUGAUCAAAAACGGAUUCUUACAAGAAAAAUCCAAAGCAACUAGAAGUAAGUUUAGUGUUAACUAUUUACAUGUUGGACCUAAGGGUACUUUGCUAUUAAAUGGUAGAGAAAAGACCGUUAUUGAAUUCAUUAAAAAAUCUGACGACAAAGCCAGAAGCAUGAGGAACUCGCAAAACCCAGCGACACUAACUAAACAAUCUUCAUUUAGGCCAAGCUUAGAGCUAUGGAACGGCGGCAGUAGUAACUGUGAAAGAACUACAAACAAAACCUCGUCAACUGUUUUCAAUGGCAGCGUAACGGAUGUUAAUGUCAGUUAUAAGGGGAUAGAUGUGAAUACCAUUCCCUUGAGUGAAGAAAAGAAGUUGCAUUUGAACGAAUGUUACCUAAACCUGCGUAGGUUAAGACAGAAAUUAGCUGCAACACUUUCAUUAAGUUCAGAGUCAUCAUUAGCUACUGAUACGCUUUUAAAGAAAUUGGCCUUUUCGUUGCCUGACAGUAUUGAUGAAUUCAGGAGGCUCGGUAAUCCUACAAAAGGUAAAGAGCAAUAUUUUAGUAGAUUUUUGCCUAGAAUUCGUAAUCUACGGGACGAGAGGAUGAGAAAGUUUGGCAGAAUUGCACUACAGGAUGUCAACGACCAAGGUACUUUCGAUAAUCAUGCUAUUAUGAGUAUAUCCGAAACAUCACAGGCCUCUGCUACAACAAAGAAGACGUCAAAAUAUUUCCACUCUGGACAACAUGGUAAUUCUUCGCAAAAUAAAGGUAAAAGGAAGUUAUCCCAUAAAGGUUCGAACGGAGGUAACAAACGACAAAAGAGCAGUCAAGGAAAUAGGAGCACCUCGAGGAAGACCGCCAGCCUCCAUUCGAUGGCCAUGAGAUUUUAG